AUGACAACGCCGUCUGACAGUGAGUCCUUACAAGAGGAUGCUCCACCUGUUGCGGAAUUAGUCGAUAUCAGUGGGGGCCGCAAUCGCGUUCCCCUACUCGUCACGCCAGAAUCUCCACUAUUUGCAGUGAACAGGCCUGAUUUAUCCGAGUUACGAUCAGACGAAAAUACAAGCAGGUUGCGUAAUAGUUACGAGCAAAUUGAGGGUGAAAAUGGACCAACAAACGACAGGAGCCUGUCCCAAAUGACUGCCAUACGAAAUCACGACCUCCAAUUGGGUUCUUUUCUCACUGUGCUUGAGAGCGUCAGUAACGAACCGCGCAUUAAUCCUAACUCGGAUUACUCCAUUUCUCGGUGUGAACAGAAUUCCAGAGAAAUUUUGUCAGCUGGGGACUAUUCACUCCAGGCUCUACUACCUACCCAGAAUUUCGAGCCUUUUCCAGAAUUUCCUGAAGACAUUAGUCGCAUGAUAUGGAAGCUUGCGCUUCCUCCACCUCGUUUCAUCUAUAGUUACCCAGUUGGCGCUCGGGAAAUCCAAGGCGUGGUUCACCAAACUACUUGGAAUAAGUUUCAGGGCGCACAGCUUAUUGGGGAGCCAGAUGGCUACGUUACAUCAAGGACACUAGACAACUUGUUGCAGACUAGUAGUGAGUCUCGAAAUAUCGUUCAGGAAACUUACAAGUUGUGUUUCGCGCAGGAGCUAAGCGCACCGAUUUAUUUCAAUGUAAAAAAAGACGUCUUGAUUUUCGAACUGUCCAAAACGUUUCAGGGCUUUCUGCGUUGCUUGGGCUCGUGUACACUCACCGAUGAUGUAAGACCUUUAUUGUUUCUUUCUGGACACAUGGGGGAUUGGGCAUUGAAUGCGGAAAGAUGGGUUUCAGAUCGACACCAUCUAAGUGAUAACCCGGUCGGAGCCUUGGAGAAUUUAGAUCCAAACAACAAGGACUUUUAUCAGAAUCUUGCUGUGAAUGCUAAAUGGGCUUUAUUCAAGGAAAUCAUUAUCGAUGCAGGUAAAGCAGAGUCGGUUCAACGUCGAGAUCCAAGGACUUAUUCUUCGCCUUGCCCGUUUGACGAUGAUCAUCGGGCCGUCUGCUCUCGUCUUAGACGAAUUGAGAACCUCAUGAAACAUCUUUUAAAAGUAAGAGACGCCCUUCAAAAAGAGCCGCGAUGGAAUGGUGGAAAACCUUUCCUUAUUCCUAAAAUCAGUAUCAUGUCAGAGGAGGCUUUGAAGGCAAGAUUGAGUGGGCAGGAGCGGUCGAAAUGGACGGAUAUGCCAAAGGCGGUCGUGGGGGGUGAGGAACUCGAGGAUUUCGUCUGCUUCCCUGGCGAAGAGAAUCAGACAAAGAAAGCUGAAGAUGGUGGUGUCUGGGUAUGGGCGGACGCUGUCAACAACAACUGCUAUUAA